AUGCCUCCUCCAUUUCAAGGAAACUCUGGACAGGGUCUUGCCAACAAAAACCCAAUGUUAAACUACCACACAGAUCUCAGUUUCCAGAGCCCACAGCACAACACAAACACUGAACCAAACUCCCCGCAGGCUAUAGGAAUUAAUCCCAUAUCAGAAUGUGUCUCGAAUCAGGUUCAUCCUAUCAUAGAAAAUGGUUGGAAUCGACCUUCACCUAUGACAGCUAAUGGACCGCAUGGAGGAGGUCAACCGAUGGAAUUUAACCACUCAGAGCCACACUAUCCAAGACAAGAAACCUACAAUCAAAACGCAAAUACACCUUUUCCCCUCGAAGAAAAUGAACAGAAUUCUCAGCAGUGGCCUGAAGCUCUCCAACAACAAUCAAAUUUCAAUGCUCGGUUCCAACAACCUAACAUGAAUGCUAGUCAAAUCCCGCCUCAAGCUACAAUAGCCAAUGCUCCGACACCACACCAACUACACCAAUGGGUCAAUGGAAGUUCAAGAACAUUGGCCCCCAUUGCAGCAUAUAGCCCGAAUCCUCGGCUGGUGCAGGGUGAGUCCGAUAAUGGACUGGGCUUCGGGCGUCUAAACUCUAACGGUGGCUAUACUCCGCAACGCAGGAUACCAGUAUCUAAGCUGCGCACUCAGUUGAUUUCGGUAGCUCGUGAGAUCAAGCUAAGAACUGUGGAGAGUAUAAAUGCACCUUCAGAACAUGUGCAACCUCAAGGAGACGAAGAACUCUUUAUGCUCUACCUUGUUGUUUUAGGGCAAUAUAUCCUACAAGGAGGAUGCGCUUGGUAUACCAACCUUCCUCCUCCAGCCUCCAAUAUUCUCACCUCACCUCGGGCCACAAAUUCGUUUUCUUCGAGCCCUAUCCCGUUUAAGCUAGACAAAAUCAAGAGAGAGAGUCAAACAAAUGAUGGAAUUGAUGGAAACCAGUGUGUCUAUAAGGAAGUAAGUCCAAUCGAUACUACAGACUUGGACACUGUUCUUCAGGAUCCGAACCUUUUCGAGCUCGAUGACAUAGAGCAUCCUGCUCCUCUGGACUCUGGAGGUGCUCUCGUCGAUCCAGAUUAUUUUAAUAUUUGUUCGGAGGAAUCUCCUAGUAUUUCAAUAAAUGAUGGAGGUUCCCAUUCUUCAUCUUCUCCUCAGGUGCCUGGAAACCCUAAUGCUAGUCUUUCAACACCCUCCACACGAGUCCGUUCUCUUUCACCUUGUGCGCCGGUGUUUGUCCCCGCGAGCGAAGGUCAUCAAACAAUUUCAUGUGUUGAUGACGAUCACGGGCCUCUGGUAUCUACAGACAACAAAAUAUUAUCAAAGAGUCAUUCUGAACCGGCAAAAGCUCUAAUUUACUGUCCACGUAUGAACUCUGUAUCUUUUGUGAAUGAGAAGAUACUUACAGACCCUUUUGUCACCAAAAACUCGUCAAAUACAUCCACUCCGUCCAUGGGAUCCAUUCAGCGAAAUCGAUCCUACUUGUCGACUCCACUGACUCCUAUUAGUCCUUCCCUUCACGCUAGCCCAUCCACUCUAGGCAGUCCAUCCCCUAGAGAACGAUUUGUUGCUCAGGGACCAAUGGAAAUCCCUAGUAACAUCUGUUUCAUCCGUACAAAACAUUAUGUGAUGGGUUCUGCAAGCUGGUUCUACUCACAACUCUGGGUUCCGAGACCUUAUCACGAGAUUCUUACUCGUAAAUCAUUUAAAAGGCUUGAGGAACUCAAACAAGCGUCAACACAGUCAGCCCCCGAGCUAUCGACUAUACCAACUGGAUACGUAGACUUUUACGGAAAACCUAUAUUCUUUCAAGCAGGUAAUUCUAGGCCUGAGCCUAAACCCGUAUUGUGUCCCAGUAGCGACGACUUGGAUGUCAACUGGAAUGCGACACCAGCCGAAAGAAGGAGGAUCAGAUUAACCAAGAAGAGACAAAUGUGGGUAGAGUGGCAAGAACGAGCGCGGGAUGUAAGAUUCUUUUGGUAUCUUCGGGAGCAAUGGGGCCAAAUAAAGGGCUGGACAGAGACAAACAACGGAUGCGGAAAUAAUGCAAAGGCAGAAGAGAUGGAUAUGUCUGAUCAUUAUAAAUUGAUGAUAAUAGUACAAUUCACGUCUAAACAAGGGUUUGGCACAAUACAGAUUAGUUCUGAGGACAAGAAGAAAAUUUUGAAUGGAAGAUCAAUUAAGCAAUUUAACAGGGACUGGGAAGAGACACAGAGAAAAUUCGGUAAUUCGAAUUGGUCGAAUGAGAAAACAUGGAGGUAUUGA